CUAUUAUCAUGUUUCUGAUCCUCUUUUACUACUUCAAAAGAGUCCAACCAAAACCAGAGUGUCUCUGAAUUUUCACAAUUUAUCAAGUUUCUGAUCCUCCUACUAUUUCAAACUGAGUUCUAGCAAAAACACAAAGCUUUCUGCCUUCCCUUGGAUUUUGCUUCUCAUGGAGGGUCUAAACAUCGUACAAGGUUUAGACUCUCUCUGGUUCUUCGGCAAUAUUUUGUCACAAACAACUCAAUCUUUGGUCAAUUCUAAUAAUGGUGAGAAAACCCCCACAGAAAGCCAUCCUAAAGACACUACUCCUAGCACAAAAUCACCCAAAUCCACUACUCUAGUCCUUGAAAACCACCAAAACCAGCCUCCAACUGAAGAAGCUGUGAUCCAAAAGUGCCCCAAAUGUGGCAAUCUUGCUGGUGAAGUUGAAGAAUCUUCAAACGAUGAUGAGGAAAAAGAAAGGAGGAAAAGGAGAAGCUACAGAAGGUCGAAGAGUGCUGGUUUAAAUCAAACAAGAAAGAUUGAAAGAGAGCUUGAUUUUGGAUUUGAUGACAAUGAGGUUUAUGGGUUUUGGAUGAGAGAGAAAACAAAAUGUGGGUAUGAGAGAUUUGGGGGUCAACAUCAUGCCAAGAUGCCACCAUUCAAUGAUGGAAUGGCAAUGAAACAACAUCUCAAGUCAUGGGCUUAUGCAGUUGCUUGUACAGUGAGAUAAUUGCUUCAAAGUUUAUUUCUGAAUGUACAUGUCGUCCUUAUGGGUAGAGUUCUUUUGAUCUGACAAACUACAGUUAUCGGGCAUAUCCAGAAGACACUAGCGAUGAUCUAAUUCAAGACGUUCGAAUUUAUGAUUUGUUGAUUUUGUUAAUGGCCAAUUGAGUACAGAUGAUGAAAUGUUAGUUUCCUGACAAGGGUCUACAAUUUUCCUUUCUGUUCUUCUCCUGGUUGAUUUUUUGGGAUUCUGUAUAAUUGGUGCGGAUUUUCC